GGAGGAAGGAGGCGGGGUAGGGAGGUUGUCGGGUUUAGAGCCGGGCGGAGACCGCUGAGACUCAUUCCUCAGGAACAAGGGUCGAGUGUCAAGGAGACCUUUUCACACCAGCUCCCCCGCCUACAGAGGCGGGGAUCGCGCUGCAGAGACAAAGGAUAUCAGUAGGGCCGGACAUAGCUACGAAGGGAAGUAGAGUGCCCGUUUGGGGUGGGGGGCUUCUGGGGGGCUUGGGGGGGCUAUAUUUAAACUCCCGGAGCCGUUAAGUUGGUUCGUACUCUGAUGCGCGCGCAGCCAGGGCGGUGGCGAAGUGCGCAUGCGUGGUUCCGGAGGGAGAGGAACGCGCGCCAGUCGUGCGCGCUCGCGGCCGAGUGGUAGUGGCGGUGGAGAAAGGGGUCGGCGCACGCGCUGUUGAUUUCUCGGGUUGUCUGGGUCUCGCGGGCAUCUUGUUUUGGUCUCGCGGGCGAGUGGGGAGCGCUUCGGGGGGAGGCGCCUGGGCUCAAGGCGAGCAGAGCAGAGCUGCGCGCGCACUCGGGAAAGGGGGGAAGGGAGUAGGGGCCAGGAAGGGGGGGGUUAAGCCCCCUGAUCCCCCUCGGUACCCUCGACUGGGACGGCAUAAGGGGAGGAAAUGAUCGAGAUGGCGGCGGAGAAGGAGCCGUUUCUGGUGCCGGCCCCGCCGCCGCCGCUCAAAGAUGAGUCGGGCGGAGGGGGCGGCCCCGCGGUGCAGCCGCACCGAGAGGCCGCCUCCGGGGAGCUCCGCGGAAGGACGGAGCGCGGGCCUGGACGGAGCGCACACUCGGCAGGGGCCACGGCCAGCCCCCGGGGUGGCCAGGGGCAGCAGCACCGAGGGGGCGGCCCCCAGGCGCAAUCGCACGGGGAGGCCCCCUUGUCCGAUCCCCCAGGGCGAGCGGCUCCCCCGGACGUGGGGGAGGAGCGCCGGGGAGGGGGCGGGACGGAACUGGGCCCCCCUGCCCCUCCACGGCCACGCAAUGGCUACCAGCCCCACCGGGCCCCUGGGGGGGGAGGGGGCAAGAGGAGAAAUAGCUGUAAUGUUGGGGGAGGCGGUGGAGGCUUUAAACACCCGGCCUUCAAGAGGCGCCGGCGGGUGAAUUCGGACUGUGACUCUGUGUUACCCUCCAACUUCCUCUUGGGGGGCAAUAUCUUUGAUCCCCUGAACCUGAAUAGCCUCCUGGAUGAGGAAGUGAGUCGCGCACUCAAUGCGGAGACCCCUAAGUCAUCCCCACUUCCGGCUAAGGGGCGAGAUCCAGUGGAGAUCCUCAUCCCCAAAGAUAUCACUGACCCACUCAGUCUCAAUACUUGCACUGAUGAGGCCCAAGUAGUUCUCGCUUCGCCACUCAAGACUGGUCGCAAGCGGCAUAGGCACCGGGGACAGCACCACCAGCAGCAGCAGCAGGCAUCUGGAGGGAACGAUAGCCAUGCCGUGCUGCCCACAGCCCCCCUCACCCCCUCACUUCACGGGGAGGGCGCCACACAGCAGCAGCGGCACAGGGGCCAGAACCGGGAUGCCCCCCAACCCUAUGAACUCAACACAGCCAUCAACUGCAGGGAUGAGGUCGUGUCUCCCCUUCCAUCUGCCCUGCAAGGUCCCUCAGGCUCCCUUUCAGCCCCUCCAACUGCCUCAGUUACCUCUGCACCCUCGUCUUCCUCCUCCCGACAUCGAAAACGUCGCAGGACUUCCAGCAAGUCGGAGGCAGGGGCUAGGGGUGGAGGCCAGGGUUCCAAGGAAAAGGGCCGAGGGAGUGGGGGAGGUCGUCACCAUCACCACCCACUACCUGCAGCAGGCUUCAAAAAGCAACACCGCAAGUUCCAGUAUGGAAAUUAUAGCAAGUACUAUGGGUACCGCAAUCCUUCCUGUGAGGAUGGGCGCCUUCGGGUUUUGAAGCCUGAGUGGUUUCGCGGCCGGGACGUCCUAGAUCUGGGCUGCAAUGUGGGCCAUCUGACCCUGAGCAUUGCCUGCAAGUGGGGUCCAUCCCGCAUGGUGGGGCUGGAUAUUGAUGCCCGGCUCAUCCACUCAGCCCGCCAAAAUAUCCGACACUACCUGUCUGAGGAACUACGGCUCCAACCCCAGACUUCUGAGGGGGACCCAGGGGCAGAAGGUGAGGAAGGGACUGCCACUAUUCGGAAAAGGAGCUGUUUCCCAGCCUCACUGACAGCCAGCAGGGGUCCCAUUGCUGCACCCCAACUGCCCUUGGAUGGAGCGGACACAUCUGUCUUCCCCAACAAUGUUGUCUUCGUCAGGGGUAACUAUGUGCUGGAUCGAGAUGAGCUAGUGGAGGCCCAAAAACCUGAGUAUGAUGUGGUGCUCUGCCUCAGCCUCACCAAGUGGGUGCAUCUGAACUGGGGAGACGAGGGACUGAAGCGCAUGUUCCGCCGAAUCUACCGGCACCUACGCCCAGGGGGCAUCCUGGUCCUGGAGCCCCAACCAUGGUCAUCCUAUGGCAAGAGAAAGACUCUUACAGAAACAAUCUAUAAGAACUACUUUCGAAUUCAACUGAAGCCAGAACAGUUCAGCUCCUAUCUGAUGUCCCCAGAGGUGGGCUUCUCCAGCUAUGAGCUUGUGGCCACACCCCACAACACCUCCAAAGGCUUCCAGCGUCCUGUGUACCUGUUCCACAAGGCCCGUUCCCCCAGCCACUAAGUGGCCCCUGAACAGAAAGUGCAAAGAGGCUGCCCUUGCUGCUCCUAAGGACCUGGGAAAAGAGGAAAGCAUCCCAAGGUUUUUCCUUUCUGACUCCAAAAAUAGUUUCCUUUCUUGGAUCUGCAAAGAAUACUUAUUAAGUUGCUGCCCCGGCCUCCUCCCUAUACCUCUGGCACCUGAGCAGCAAGCCCAGCUGUGCUGGAGUUACCAUCAUCUUCUCCACUAGCCUGCUGGGCUGGAUGGCUUGGACUGUUUGCUGAACUCUGUUCUCCUAGGGCAUGGGAAGUGGGGAAUGUCAAAUCCUCAUAACCCUUUCCUCCUGCUCUCUCCCAGGGAGAUUCCCGUUUCUCCUCAGCCCUUGUCCCUAGCUGCAUUUCAGUGAACCAUGAAUAGAUGGACUGAGGUUUAAGAGGGGGAAGUUUGGCAGGGAGGCACACAAGUACUGUGAAAAUCCUUCCUUCUGCUGUCCCCCAGUGGGAGUGGGGGCUGGGUUUGGAAUGUGAGAACAGCACAAUAAACAUAAUGUCUAGGGCAGUGGCCCCCCCA